AGCGAGGGUUUCGCAACGAGUCCGAGAGCCGGGCGUUGUUCAUGCUUGCCACUUGUGAUGCUGAAGAAGGCCGCGAUGCGCUUCUUCCGGAGCUCCGGAAGGCCCUGCGCCUGGAGCUGCUGAAGAGCCCUACCUUUGCGCCAUGCAGUGCCAGCUUCCUCGAGGAGCUGCUUCUGGAGAGUGAUCAGCGACAGCUAGCAGCUGGAGAGAUGCUGUGGGCAAAGCAGGACCGGUGUGACCAGCUGCUGAUUCUUCGGCAGGGAGAGGUGGAACUCCUGAAGGAUGAUGGCUCUGCGAUCUUCCGCUGGCGGUCGCCAGCCUUGCUUGGAAUGUGGGCAUUUCUGCACAUCCGCUACCACUUGGCUGCUGCAAGGGCGGUAGAGCCCUGCGAGUGUUUGGCCAUCCAGACGUCCGUGCUCAUGGCCAUCUUGCGACAGCACCACCUGGAGAAGAAGCACUUCAUCAGCUGCGCCCACGCGGAGGCGACCCAGGUCAGCGACGAGACCUGGGUGUGCAUGAUGCCGGAGCUCAAGCCGGAGGAGGAAUCCCCGAUUCCGGUGGUGAUUCGAAAGCCCAAGCUCAUGUUGCACAGACACUCGGCGCCUGAAGUAGCGGAGGAGGGUAGACUCGGCUCGAAGAAGCUUCCUGGCAUUGAGCCCAUGACGAAGACGAACAGCGGGAGGAGCACGAAUCACCGAAUCCUCAGCCGGCUGCGGAAUCAGAGACCCUGCUGGCGGCGGAGUGUUGCUAGGCUUGUGUCGGAUGGGAGCGACGCAGAGUCGUCGGCUUCAGGCACUCCUGGCGCCACGUCGGACGAGUACUUCAUGUGCCACGAGAAUUCAUCGAGCACGUCUGCUGGUCACUGGUCCGGAGCUUCCACUGGCGGCCGGUGGCUGAGCUGCUCCGGGCGAAGACCAGCGUCCGCCAGGACACGGACGAGGGCGUUUGAGCAGCAAGCCAAAAGAGCACUGGGAAGUUCAUCGUCAUCAAGCCACCGGCGGGGAGUAGCUAGAAGCCCCAACCGCCGCGACGAGAGCGGCGUGAGCGAUGGCCCACUCUCGCCGGCAUCUCGGAAGGCCAGUCGGCAGCAGCGGGUGAUCAAGAAAUGGUUCGAGACCUUCGACUCGGAUCAGAACGGUCGUGUUGACCUGGAGGAGUUCAAGACCGUCACCUCGCACCUCUGUGCCACCAUGCUUUGGGACGAGCACCAGUCCAGCUUGUUGCUCCAGGAGAUCGACACCAACGGCGACCACCUGGUGGAUUUGCAGGAAUUCGCUGAGUGGCUGACCAACGUGAACGCCACCAUCACCGUGGGCCUCGACGGCUGGCUGGAGGCCUACGACAUCGCGGACACCGUCAGGCCUUUGUACGAGUGCUUCGACCCCGCGGGCACCGGCAUCUCCAAGGAUCAAUUCCUGAGGACCUACCGGAUCAUCGCCAACUCCACCAAGCAUGCGCCGAUCCCAGACCAAGACAAGGCAGACAUUUGGAUCCGGGGGGCAGAGGAGGAGUACGAAGCCCUCGAUGCGAGACACGAUGUGAACAUCGACUUCGAGGACUUUGUACGAUGGCAGGCCGAGCUGCUGAAGAGCUCGGCGACCCCGAACUCGCUGAUCCCGGAGAAGGUGGAGCAACUCGCUGAGGUCCUGAAGGUGAUCCUCGACAUCGACACGGGCGCCAGGGGCCGGGGUCUCCCCGCCGCGCUGCAGGAAUCCGUGCAGAAGGUGGCGCAGUUGGCCAGGGAGCUGUACUUGCCGUGCAAGGACCAACUCAGGAAGCAGCUGGACGAGAACCUCAAGAGAACCGUUCAGGACCCCCCGCCGCAGCGGGAGGAUUUCCACUGGGCGAGCCCAGGGCACACGGCGUUGGAUCACCUGCGCCGGGAGUGCGCCAUCGACUUGGGAGUGCUGCUUCCAGGUGUGCGGCCAAGAGAGGAGAUGACCAAGAAGGACGCCUGGCGCGUGGCAAGGCGGAACUCCCACCUGAAGAACCGUUCCAGCACCCUGGUGCCUGGUGAGGUGCUGAUGUGCCUGCCGGGUCGGCGUGGGGAGUUUCUGGCGUGGCUGGAGGUGCCAUCACGAGAAGAGCGGAGGCUUGGAAGCAGAGGCCAAACGCAGUUCCCCGCUAGCGCUAUGAUGUACACAUGACUGAGUGGCCAGUUUUCCCUGACCGGAUGCCAAACCGCCUCCAUCGAGCCACACUUGCGUGGCAGUCAACGCUGUC